CUCGGCGUUGCUAUGGCGCCGCCGUGACAUUUCCCGAGGCGGAAGUACAGCGCGGCGCGGUGACGUCACGCGCUCGCGGCGGAAGCGGGAAGUGGCGGCGCCGCCGGGAUCCCAAAAAUCCCCGAACUCGGCCCAAAAACCCCCGAGCUCAGCCCCAAACCGCCCCCGAGCCGCCCGGGCCCCCCGGCAGCCGCCGAUGAGCGGCGGGCGCUGGCGGCGGCCCGCAGAGAUGGUGCAGCCGGGGCCCGAGGCGGAGCCGGCGCUGGCGGAGGCGCUGCAGCGGCUGCGGGCGGAGAACCGCGAGCUGAGGGGGGCCCUGUGUCACUGCACGCAGUCGCUGCGGCAGCGCCUGGAGGAGCUGCGGAAGCUGCAGCAGCAGCGCCGGGGGGAGCGGGAGCUGCUCUGGGGACGCUGGGGACAGGCCCGGGACCUGGUGCUGCACCUGCGGGGACAGCGUGGGGACACCCCCGGGGACAGCCCUGAGGACACCACAGACACCCCCGGGGACGGCAGGGACACCCCCGGGGACACCAAGGACACCGCUGGGGACAUCAGGGACACCGAGGACACCCCUGGGGACAUCAGGGACACCCUCACGGACACCAAGGACACCGCUGGGGACAUCAGGGACACCAAGGACAGCCCUGAGGACAUCAGGGACACCCUCAGGGACACUCUCAGGGACACUGGGGACAUCUGCAGGAGCGCCCCUGACACCAGCACCGAGCCCCCCGAGGCGCCCCCCCGCUCGGUGUCCCCCCCACUGGAGGAUGUCCCCGCUGUCCCGGAGCCCCCCCAGGCCCCCCCCAGCACCCCCCCGGAGCCCAGCUCCGAGGAGCAGCUGAGGCAGCGCCUGGCAGAGGCUGAGGCUGAGCUGGUGGCACUGCGGGCACGCGUGGCCGUGGCUGAGCUCCGGGCUCAGGACGUUUCCCGUGCGGCCGAGCUGCAGCUGCAGGGCCUGCGCCGCCAGCUGGAGCAGGACAAGGCGCAGGUGCAGGCCCAGGUGACGUCGCUGCUGGGGGAGCUCCGGGAGAGCCAAAAUCGCCUGGAGCGGAGCCGGGCGGAGAGAGAGCACCUGGAGCGCAGGGCCCGCGGUGACGCCGAGCGGUGCCAGCAGCUGGAGGAGGUGACCCAGGGCCACCAGGUGCAGCUGGACCAGCUCCGGCUCCAGGUGACCAACCUGGAAACUGCCCUGAGGGUGGAGCGGCACGGGGCCACCGAGGAGAAGAGGAAGCUGGUGCAGCUGCAGGCUGCCUACCAUCACCUGUUCCAGGAGUACGACGCCCACAUCAAGGCCAGCCUGGAGGGGGACAAACGGAGCCAGGUGACGCAGGAGCAGCUGCGGGCGGCCGAGGCGGCGCUGGCGCUCAAGCAGGAGCUCAUCGAUCGCCUCAAGGCCGAGGCCGAGCGCCAGCGGGCGGCCCUGGAGACCAUCCCGGUGCUGCAGGCCCAGGCCGACAUCUACCGUGCGGAUUUCGAGGCGGAGCGCGCGGCGCGGGAGCAGCUGCACGGGCAGCGCGAGGCUCUGCAGGAGGAGCUGAACCAGCUGCGGCUGCGGCUCGGCGGGGACGGGGCCCGGGCCCGUCUGGAGGAGAUGCGGAACCGGCACUCGGAGCCGCCCCCGGCCCCGGCCCCAGCGGGGGGUUUUGGGGGGCUCCUGCCCCCCCCCGAGGAGGGGCCCGACCUGUGCUGCCCCAAGUGCCAGUACAAGGCUCCGGACAUGGACACGCUGCAGAUCCACGUCAUGGACUGCAUCAAGUGAGGGGGGCCCCAAAACCCCCCCAGCACCCCAAAAACACCCCCGUGGCACCCCAAAAACACCCCCAAGAGUGCCCCAAAAACACCCCCGGGGCACCCCAAAACCAUCCCCAAGGGUGCCCCAAAAACACCCUCGAGGGCACCCCAAAACCUCCCGGGGGUGCCCCAAAAUCACCCCCGGGGCACCCCAGAAACACCCCCAAGGGUGCCCCAAAAACACCCCCGGGGCACCCCAAAACCAUCCCCAAGGGUGCCCCAAAAACACCCCCGGGGCACCCCAAAAACACCCCAGGAGCCUCAAUCCAGGGGAACCCCAAAACCCCCCCAAAAAACCCCAAAUAUUCCUCUGGGCAUCUCCUCUCUGGAUCCACGGCAGGGACUGGAUCAGGUGGGGGGGAGCACCCCAAAAUCCCCCCUGAGGCACCCCAAAACCCCACGGAGCCUCAACCUGGGGUUUGGGAACCCCAAAAAAAAACCCCAGAUUUUCCUCUGGGAAUCUCCUCUCUGGAUCCACAGCAGGGAUUGGAUCAUUUUUGGGGGAGGUGCCCCAAAAUCCCCGCAGAACCCCCCUGGGGUGCCCCCCACCCUCCCAAACCCCCUGGACCAUCCCCUCCGAUGUGGGGGGACCCCCAAACCCCACCCGGGAUUUUGGGUCCCUCCCCCCUCAAUAAAGGCCCCCUGAAUUUGGCUGAAA